AUGAUAGGCUUGUUCCUAGCAUCAGGUGGAGUGACAAGCAACAUGAUAGUGUACCUAAUAGAAGAGUACAACAUAAAAAGCAUCGACGCUGCUCAAAUCAACAACAUCAUCUUCGGAUGUGUCACUCUUUCGCCUGUCGCCGGAGCCGUAAUCUCCGAUGGCGUUCUUCCGGCUGCCUCCCUGUCAUCGCUUUCUCUAACCUUUUAUCAGCUUUCUGGAUACAACAAACGAAGAUCAAGACAGAGAAAUUGCAAGGGAUCUACGUUUACAAUUGCAUGUCGUGGGACAAAGGGCAAAACCAACAAUUUUAGCAGCCAACAAAACAUUGCAUUUGAGUCUUUGACUCGCGACGAGCAUUUGUUCCAUUUACAAUUGCAGCAUGCAGAACAUGCGUCCGAUAAGUUGUUAUGUCUCAAAAUGCAGUCCCUGGUGCUUUUCACUCUAACUUCCACGAUCAAAUCCCUGAGGCCAGCAUCAUGCUCACCACUCGGAUCCAACGAUUGUGAAUCACCAUCAGCUACCCAAUUAGCAACACUUUAUACAGCCGUCGCCCUGUUAUCCGUCGGAACAGGUGGGACCCAGUUCAAUGCCAUGACAUUGGGCGCGGACCAAUUCGACAGGUUCAAAGACAAAGAGUCCUUCUUCAAUUGGUACUUCAUCGCCAUGUACUCUUCCAUGAUCGUAAGCUCAACUGUGAUCGUCUAUGUUCAAGAUAGCGUCAGUUGGGGACUAGGGUUUGGGGUGUGUACGGUUGCUAACGGUGUGAGUUUGGGUGUGUUGGUGAUGGGAGUGAAGUAUUACCGUCGGCCAAAGGCGAGAGGUAGCCCUUUUACGGGCUUGGCACGGGUUGUCGUUGCGGCGGUUAGGAAAAGAGAAGUUGCGGUGAGAGCAGAUGGUCGACUGAAUUAUCACUAUGGGGCGGGCGAAGAGCCCGAGUCGUCAUCAAUACAAGUACCGAGCUCAAGUUUCAGAUUCUUAAACAAAGCGGCAGUGAUCAACGAAGGAGAAGCCAACACAGAUGACUCCAUCGCGGACCCAUGGAGAUUGUGCACAGUAGAACAAGUAGAGGAUCUCAAAACUCUCAUUCGGAUAUCGGCACUGUGGGCUUCUUCUGUGUUCCUCAGCAUCUCAUUUGGCAUCCAAAAUAGCCUCACUGUCCUUCAAGCACUCUCUAUGGACCGGACCGUCGGCCGUCGUUUCACCAUUCCGGCAGGCUCCAUGAUCGUCGCAUCCCUCACCACCGUCGCUGUUGUUCUUCCUCUUAUCGACCGAACCCUAAUUCCUAUGUGUCAAAAGCUCAUCAGAAGAACACCGACGCUGCUUCAGCGUAUAGGGCUUGGGCAUGUAUUCAAUGCGUUAUCGAUGAUGCUCUCGUCCUUGGUUGAACGAAAGCGAGCCUCACUUGUGGUAUACGACCACCCAACCGGAAACCCAGAGCCAAUCGUUCCAAUGUCGGUGCUCUGGCUGGUGGUCCCGCUGGCGGUUGUAGGGCUCGGCCAGGCGCUGCAUUUCCCCGGUCAGGUCGCUCUCUACUAUCAGGAGUUCCCUAAAUCACUGAAGAGCACAGCUACGGGAGUUGUUGCUUUGCUCAUUGGCAUCGGAUUUUACGUGAGCACUGCUGUGAUUGAUUUGGUGAGGAAAUUUACUUCAUGGCUUCCGGGUGAUAUAAACGAGUCUAGAUUGGAUAAAGUGUUUUGGAUGUUGGCUGUCGUCGGAGCGAUCAACUUUGGAUUAUUUGUGCUGUGCGCGAGAGCGUAUGAAUGUCAGAGUAGAGAAAUACAGAAGGAAGAUACCCCCAACGACAACACAGUUGAAUGAUGUUCUGAAGCGUGUAUCUUGUGUGCAGUACGUUUGGCUUCGAACGUUGUCGAUGUUUGUUAGUUGUGUACUUUGCUUUAGUACGGAAAAAUCAUUCGAAGAGUGUUUACUUCGUAGAUAAAUAUGAGUAUCAAUUUUCGGUCGAUUUCGAGUAUCUUUCGACUCAAUA